AUUCAAAUUAAUGAUCUUCAUUAUCAAGAGAUAUAUUUCUCCCUUUAAAUCUAUUAAUAUAACUUAGCUCUUUAUCAAAAUCUCUCUUCCUGGAUAACAAACAAGAAGAAUCAAGAAAUGGCGGAGUGGAUACCUGCAAUUGUAGCGACGGUGUUGUUCGUGGUUCUGACGCCGGGGUUGCUGUUUCAGGUUCCCGGCAACAAUAACUUUGUAGACUUUGGGAAAAUGGAGACGAGCGGAUACUCAAUCCUUCUUCACUCCUUCAUUUACUUCGGCCUCGUCGCGGUCUUCACCGUCGUCAUUCACUUUCCUGGCACUUAAAUUCUACACUAUAUUUAUACGUACACAUAUGUUUCUUGUAAUUUUUUUUAUCUAUGCUUUGAAUUUGUCUUUCAUAUUUUAUAUGUUCAUCUGUACUACUGUUGUGUACUUCGAUAGUGAUUUCUAAAGUAAUUCA